UAAAAAAAAAUAUCACUAAAAUGAAUAGUAGGAUUUUAAACACUAUAGCUAAUGCAAUUGAUAAUAAAGAAGAGGUGAAAAAGAGAAUAGAAAGUGGCAAAGGUGUUUUAAAAGAAUUACAAACGUGUGUUGAGAAUUGUCAAACUCGUUUUGGUGGAAAAUCUGAAUUAGCUACAGAGGAUGAUAUAAGGAUUGUUCAUUUGUGUGAAAAAUGGGAAAAAAUUCUUUCACAUGGGCUGAAGUCAAAUUUAUCCAACUCUUCUAUUCAAGACAUUGUGACUGCUGGACUUAAUUUUACAUUUAACAUUAUAAAUGUUGGAAAUUCAUUGUGGAGCUACAGCUGCCUGCACCUCACCAAACACGAAAAAGAAAGAUUUAAAAUACUAGCCAAUAUCAAUACACCUCUAGGGUAUUUUAGAGCAUUUCUAAGGGCAGCUUUAAAUGAAAGAUCACUUGUGAGAUAUAUUCAAAGUUGGAUUUCACAUGGACUUCUUGGGGAGUAUUAUGAAGAGGGUGCAUUUGUUAGAAGUCCUGAAGCAAAUAUCUUGCCAGGAAUUGCAACAGGCUUAUCGACUGUGUUGUUUGCAUUAUCAAUUGACAGGACCGAAUUAAAUGAUUCACAGCACUCGAAUCAAAUGAAAGCAGAGCUUGUUAUACCACUGCCGACACCAGUGAAGCCCUCCGGUAACUCGAGAAGAAAACCUCUAAGGCAAGUGAUAUCUUUUGACAAGGAUGAGAAGAACAAAGAAAUGAGAGAAAAGAGACAAUCAUUGGAACCUAUUGAUGGAUCCCCUGACUGCUCAUGGAACAGCGCUCCCGCAACUUGUCUCAAUUCUCCAGAUCCUAAAAUACAACCAAAAGUAGCAUCAACAAGUGAACCGACCAGCUCAGAUAGUAAAUCGGGUAUAAGACAUUUCUUUCCCGAUGGUGUCAAGGGAAUCGAGAGCCCGCUACAAAUUCUGUCGAAGUUAUCUGAGAGUGCCAAGGAAAUGUUCACUCACUCCCAGAGCAGCAUAGACAAAAGUGUUCACUCGAGAGACGACGACUUGAGUGUGAAUUGCUUGAAAUUAUCCGAAAGUGACAGCGAAGGAGUAGCAGGUAGUAUUGACGGGAGCAAUUCAUGCUUGGAGCUUUGUUUCGAGGACGAGAGCAUUCCGGACGACAAGAGCCAUUUGUCUAUCUUAGAGAUUAAGGAGAAGGAAUUUUUGGCGUUACAAACUAGGUGUAACCAAAUAGAAUUACGAAGUAGAGAAAAUAUUCUGAGGUUAGAAAGAAAUAUAGUAGAUUUAAAUAAGGAAAAUGAUAGAUUGAAAGAGCAAUUGAAGAAUUACAUGUCAGCUGUGGAAAUGGGAAAAGCACUAAAGAGUAGUAAUUGUGAAGAAGAUGAAGCUAAUCAGUACGAGAGGAAACUUGUUCAGGUGGCGGAAAUGCACGCGGAACUGAUGGAGUUCAACCAGCACCUGCAGAAACGGCUGCAGGAGCUGGAGGGCGGCGGCCUGGAGGUGCUUGAGUGCCCUCAGACCAACGUCAAAGCCUGCAUCCCCACUGCAUUCCUCGUCGGCAAGAAACCCCAUACUUACCAUGUCUAUCAAAUAUUCCUAAAGGUUGGUCUAGAAGAGUGGAACGUGUACCACAGAUAUGCUAAGUUCUACGAGCUCCACACGCAACUGAAGAAGUGUCAUCCAGACAUCGCCAGCUACAAGUUCCCGCCGAAGAAAACUUUACGAAAACGAGACCCCCGUGUGGUGGAACAGCGCCGCGUGUCGCUGCAGGCGUACCUGCGCCACGUGCUGCUGACGCUGCCCGAGCUGCGCGCCUGCACCUCGCGCACGCAGCUCGUCACGCUACUACCAUUCUUCGGAAUUUCAUCGACCACCAGAGAAAACGGAUUGAGUCACUCUAUGAGUCACCAACCCAUUAGUGAUACUUAUGAAGCGCUCUGAUAGUCAACAAUAUUAAGAACAAAUAAGCGGUACCUGCUAUUACAUAUUAUUAUUUUAGAUACAUAAAUCAUAAUACAUUUAAAACCAGACACACGCUUGUAGCUAAGUAUAUAAUUAUUUUAGCACAUAUAUUUUGCCACUUUUUAUGUCAUACUUAGUAAAAAUAAACUACGAUGUUUUCUAAUAACUUUUUCGGUCAGAAAUAGUUGAAAAUCUAACUGCAAAUGCAGAGCAAUUUCUUCUCGAGAAUGGACUGUAAGUUUAAAAUAUAUCGCUAAGAAAUUGCGAUACUACUACUAGUAUAUGGAAAAGUUUUUCUAACGUAAAUUUAAAACUUACAUAGCGAUAUUGUAAUCAGGGGCCGUACCACGAAACCGU